AUGACGUCGACACCAUCGGCUUUAUCUGCGACAGCCAAAGAAUUUAUUCCAUCUCAAAUCCCUACAUUAGGAUACUGCGAUUCUGUUGAUCCAGUUAGUCUCGGUUCAACCACGACCAUUUAUGUUAGCGGUAUGCCUGGAACGUCGUUAUUGUAUCCGACUCAAACAACGUGUCUAGAUAUGAGCAAAACGCAGUUAUCUCAUUUACCAGAAAUUGAAUUACACAUUCAACAACGUCAGACACAACAAUUCAACAUUGAAUCAUCUCAAGUGCCUAGCUCAUCAUCGACAUCAUCUACAUCGCCCAUUGCUCAACAACAAUCACAAAUUAUUCUCUUGCCAACAAACAUUCCAUAUCCAAAUUAUCCACAAACAAUGCCUUCGUCAGCACAAAUUCUUUAUACCACAAGUUUAACGCCAAAUGAACCGCCUCCGUAUUAUGCUCAUCCGUAUGAUAUUAUCGAUCAACAACAGCCACAGUUAGUCAGUUUUUCUCUUCAACCUCAACUACCUCCACAAUCAUUACAAAUAUGUAAUUUACAUCAACAAGGGCAGUCUCACAAUCGUUAUAAACAACACAAUGAUCAAUUGCACCAACAAUCAUCCAUACCAAGGCGUGAUGGUGGGCGAUCGUCUCGGGGUACUAGUUCAUCUUACUUACGUGGUAGAGGUGGUAGCUAUCGACCAAAUAAUAAUUUUUACAAUUCUUCAAUUGAAAACUCUGAUUAUCAACAUAACAAUAGAUCACCCACAUCAUCUUCAUCUUAUCGUCGUUACGGUAGUAGUCAAAAUUAUAACAGUAGCAGAGGUCGAGGAUCCUACGAUCAAUCACAACGUUAUAAUGAUCGGAAUUCAGCAUUCUUCAAUGGUCCUUAUUCUCAAUCACCACACCUAUCACAGAAUAAAAAUGAUUUAACAAAUUCAACUCAAUCAAAACGCAUUCCAUCUUCUAACUCUCAUCAACGUAGUUUUUCAUCCUACGAUCAAGUUGAUAAUAGUAAUAAUUAUCAGCCAACACGUAGUCGAGGUUUGACAAGAAGAAUUCCAAAUUCUCGUUCGUAUGAUGAUCGGAAUGGUUCUGAUUAUGUCGAUUACGAUGUUGUAGGAGAUAUCGAUUUCAAUCAUAUGGAUAAUGAUCAACAUACUAAUCACAAUAAUAAUCAAGCACAGUCUCUUAUUGAUAGUAACGAUGUGACAUCAUUUGAAUUUCGUCAAGAAGAUUUUCCUAGUUUACCUCUAAAUGCGAAUAAUCAUACCGUUAACAACAAACAACAUACAUCUCAUGUACAUGUCAACGGCGAUAACAAUCAUAUUAGUCAACCAAAUCAAAAUGGUACUCAACCGUCAUGGAACAUAGUUGUAUCCACUGCUCGUCCAAAAUCCUCAUCUCCGACUUCCAAAUCACCUGCGAUUACUAAACAACGAUCAACAAGUCAACAUUCUCAAACAUCUCGGAAAAGUCGUAAGGAAGCUCCUCCAGACAAUAAAAAAUCAAAAUCACAUGAACGAAAUAAAACAUCGCCGAAUCAAACAAAAUCACCUUUAACUCAACAGCGUUCUGUAUCAUUAAACUCAAAUAAUCAACAAGAUGCAGAGUCUGCACAACAAAAACAGCGCCGUCAUGGACGAAAGAAAUCGAAAACAAAAACUACAAAGCAACAAGAGCAGGCGACAACAGAAACACCUUCAUUUACGUCGUCAAAAAUUGUUCCAUUUGCAUUAGACGACGAAAGCGCAUUUCCAACGUUGUCGAAUUCACAAACAACAACGAAAAAAGUUGUAAAAAAUACUACACAACACCCAAAUGAUCCUAAUCAAACAGAUGUUUCAAUUGAACCACCCACAACGAUAGAGAAACAAUCUCAGCCAUCGUCACAUCGGAAACCUCAUCCAAAAGCAAAUACAGCUUAUGCUGUGCGUUUAACUGACAUGUUUAAUGCUUUGAAUACGACAAGUGCAAAUAAAAGUCAACAAAAAUCUUCAUCGUCUGUUCAAAUAAAAACAAAUCCAUUGGAUUCAAACCCGGUGCCGAAACGUGGAAAAGAACGUGAAGAACCAAAACGACGUAAACCGACAAAAUUAAAACGUAUUAUUAAUAAAGAAUUAGAAGAAAACCAUAAACAACGAUUGUCUUUGAAACAACAACCAUCAUUGGACACAAAUAAUGAAUUAAAUAAUAGUAUAAAUGAUAGUAAUAAACAACAAUAUGACGAUACUAAGCAUGCUCCUGCUACUCUUAUAACUAACACAUUAUUGAAUGUUUUGUCGCAAAUUUCUAAUUCGACAAGUGUUCAAGAUAUGGACGAAGAAGAUGAUAAUGGUAGUAGUGCAUCAUGCACUGAACAAGACGAAGAAAAUCGUGAUGAUCAUGAACAGAUUAGUCAACAAUCAUCUUAUAAUCCUAGUCCAUUUACAGCACAACCUCCACCCCCUUCAGAAUCUCUCAUACAGGAUAUUCAACAAAUGAAACAAUUACAUCACUCCUGUUUUCGUGAAUAUUGUCAUCAACUUAUCGAUCGAACACUUGAUGAAAUCUGUGUUCAAUUAUUGUUGACAUUAAAACGAUUUCAAGAUCGACAACAAAAUCUUAAUCCACAAAAAGCAAAAUUAAAACGACGAUAUAUUCAUGGUAUUCGUGAAGUAACAAAACAUUUACGUUUAAAUCGUUUAAAAUGUAUUUUGAUUGCACCUGAUUGUGAACGUAUUAAAACCGAAGGUGGUCUAGAUGAUGCUAUUGAACAAAUAAUCACAUUAUGUGAAAAACAAUCUAUACCCUAUGUAUUCACAUUAAAUCGCAAGAAACUAGGACGAUGUUUAAAUAAAAUAUCAAAAAUAUCUACUAUUGGUAUCUUUGAUUAUAGUGGUACAGAACAAUUUUAUAAACAAAUGUUAGAGUUGACGCAUGAAAAUCAAUUACAAUAUCAAACUAUCGUUGAGAAUUUACAUAAAGAACAAGAGCAAGAACAACAACUAUCAUCUAAACUGACAAAUACUGGUUUGAAUAGUAAAGAAUUUUUUAAAUUAUUACAUAAAACAUUUCAACAAAAGAAUCAACAGCAACAAAAACCACAACGAUAUAUUGUUAAUAAAAUACCAAAAGAAUCAUUAUCCAAAAUGUUACCAAAAGUGCCCGCUCAUUAUGCACACUCAAGAAAUGUGUCGGAUACAAGUACAAUUUAUAUUGAUCCAUUAUUAAUUACAACCCUAAAUGGUCUACCUUCCACUCCACCACAUAUACCCAGUGCUCAUCAUGUUCGUGCUUCAUCUGGAUCAUUUGAACAAAUUCCAAAAUGUGUUGUAACUAAAAAGAAUGGUCAUCAUCGAACACUGUCUGCUGGUGCUACAACGAUUUUUGUUCCAUCUGACAUGAUUGUCACCACAAAUUCCGUACUUAGUGCUCAUCACACUAAAUGUCAUUCUCGUACACCGUCUGGUUGCAGUCAAAUAAGUCAACCGUACUCAGAAUUAGAACAAAUCGAUUAUUAUGACCAAGUGAAAAAUGUACUCGAAUGUUCGACUACAACAUCAACAAUCAACUCUUCACCUCCCAGUGAUCUACCACAAUUGCAACAAGAAGAUGUGAGAGAAGAAGUCUCAUCACAUACAAUACGGUUAAAAUCGAUCGAUGAACAUGAUCCCGGAAAUGAAGCCGAUACAGAGGCAUACAUUGAUGAAGAAGAUGAUGCAACGACAUUAGUGGAACAAACAGAUAUAUCUUCAUCAAAACAAUCGAAAAGAGUAAAAAAAUUAUCAAAAAAUGUCGAAACAUCUCUUUCAAAUGUUGAAAAAUGGGUACAUUCGACCGAAUUUCGAAAAGAUGAUGAUGAUGACGAAUGA